AUGUUUAUUGUAGCUGCUGAUUUACCUAAUAUAAUCUCCAAUAUAUCAUCAUCAGUUUCAACACCAUCUAUUCCUUCACAUUUUCCGUUUUCUCAACAGCUACCAAAUAUUUCAUAUACUUCUUCAACUGAUGUACCUUCAUCGUCUAAAGCACACACUUCAGAAUUUCUUCUAUUAGCAACUUAUUUUGAUAUUGGAAUAAUCCGAACAUUAUUUAGUCCAUCAUGGUUAAUCGAUGGUUAUUUAUGGUGUUUAGAAUAUUUACAUAAACGUCUGACUAAUAUAUCAGAUGAAGUUUUAUCUGAUGCAUUAACAACUGGUAUAUUGCCAAUAAAUAUUCUUCGUUUUAAAAGUCUUUCCAUGCCAGAAUUAAGUAUCUUAAAUGAAUAUAAUUAUUAUAAAUAUUUAGAAAAAAAUUAUUUUAAUGAACAAAUAACACAUAAUAUAAUUGGAGAACAAUCUAUGACAACUACAACAUCUAAUUCAAUUAAACAAUCAACUAAAUUAUUAAAUAUACCAUUUCAAUAUUUUACUGAUAAAUUUUCACAUAGUAAAAAAUGCAAUAAAAAAUGUAUGAAUUUUUGUAAGAUAAUACGAGAAAAACAAUUAUUAACAAAGAAUAAAAUUCAUUAUAUUGAUGAAAAUGGUAUUGAACACUUGGAUUUAGCUAAUGCUGAUCGUCAUAAUAAAUUUCAUGCAUCAUCCUCAUUAUCACAAAGUAGUCGAUUUCAUCAAACAGAUCCAACAUUAUUACUAUUUAAAACAUCAAUAUUAAAUAAUACAGAUACAAUUGGUCAAUCUGCUGAUUUAGAUAAUAAUAUAAGAAAAACAUCUGCAACUAUACCAAUAACAAAUUUAUAUGCAAUGAAAAAAUAUAGUGCUAGUGAUUCAGAAAUAAAUUAUAAAUUUUUAGAAGAAAUUGAAGAAGCACAAGGUUCAAAUGGAUAUAUUAAUCGAAAUGGUACAAUUAAUUUUGGUGUUAUUUUAGCUGGUAUACAUGCUGUUAUAUGUAAAGAGUAUCAUUUAAAAGUUUGUGAAUUAGUUAUGAAUAUUCUUGAUGUUUUAUUUGGUUUGACUGUUAUAUCAUCAGCGGAAGAUGAGAUCUAUAAAAAACAAUUAUCCAAUAAUGAAAAUAAUCAUAUGACAACAACAGAUGAUACAGCAAAUCAACAUAUAGGCGAAUGGUUAAAACAGAUUGAUGCAAUAGAAGAUGAAAAAUUUCAAUUAGCUCUCGAUAUUAUAUUAAGAAUACUCAAACGAUUAGGUUGUUCAAAUUGUCAAGCACGUGGCCGUAGUUUUAUUAUUGAUCAAUUACGCAGUAAAGCACGCUUAUUAUUAAAUAAACUUCGUUUACUUCACCAACAUCGAUUUGAAAAAUGUUUUCUAAACUUUGCUGUUAAUGCUGAUCUUGUUCAUAUACUUGAUAUAUUACAUUCCUUAUGUGGUUAUUGUGCUGAAUCAAAUAUUGGUCUCGCUCACUAUGCGCCCUAUAUUCCAACAAAACCUGAUAUUCAGUUACGUCAAACAUAUUCAAAUAAUUUUGGUAAUACUCAUCUUGGUAUAGGUCCAAAAGGUAUUGAUGGUUUUAUAUUAAAUAUUAUAUUUAAACCAUUGGUUAUACGUUUAAACAAGAUGGAAGAAUAUUUAUUAACUCCUGAAAAUGUUGUUUUAUAUUGUGAAUGUCGAGCUUUAUUAAUCUAUGUUAAAGAAAAUCAUGGUGGAAUAUUUCGUUUAGCAGUAUUUUCAUCAUUAAUGGAUCCAGAAAAAAAACUUAAAACAUUACGACAAACAAUAAAAGAUAAAUUUAUUCAACAAAAUGAUAGUAAAAUUUCUCUUAAUCAUGAUUCAACUGAUAAUAUUAAUGGAAAUAUUGAUCAACAAUUACAAACACAAUCCAAUAAAGAAGGGCAACUACCAUUUAACAGUACUCGAGUAUUUAAUGGACCAUUAACAGGAGGUGAUGAUUGUAGUUCAGAUGGACAUCAUGAAGAAAAUUUAUAUGUUGAUUUAACACUUGUCCGUACAGGAUUAUUACGUUUGAAUUGUCUUAUAGAAUCAUGUCCGCCGGGUUCAUUACCUGAUCCACAAUUUCUUAGUAGUUUACUAUUUUUGGAUGCACCAAUUAUUUCUAAAGCAGCAUUUCUUAUUGAAUGUGCACAUUAUGUUCGAUGUUGUUCAUUAGGACAAUGGCCUGUAUGGAUGCGUAUGAAUAUGACAACAUUUCGUCCUCAUGAUAAAUAUACUGGACGUCCUAGUGGAACUAUAAAUUUAAAAUUAAAUAAAAUAUAUCAAGCAGCAGCAGCUAGAAUGUUUUAUAUUUGGGGCGAUACCCUUUCAUCACAACUUGAAACUAUGUUAGAUAUUGAACAACAACAAAAUUCAACAGCACAUUUAUGGAACAAGGAUGAAAUAUUUGAAGAUUAUUAUAAUGAAGCAAUAGUUAAUCCUUCAGGUCAUGAUUGUCCAUAUUCAUUAAAAUUGAUAGUAUGUUUACUUCUUUAUGAAAUUACAUCAUUUUUACGUGAAACAUAUGAAACAUUACCAAAACUUUCAACAUUACAAACAGGAGAAGUUAACAAUCGGCAACAACGUACUAAUAAUUCACAAAAUAUUAUCGAUACAUCAUCAAUAAUUACAGAUAAACGUUUCUCAGGUCGUCAACGUAAGGAUAGUAUUCUUUCACAAGCAUCAAAUAGAAGUACAGUUUCAGGAUCAAAUGAACAACCACCACUUUCACCACAACUGUUAUCAACAAAAAUAAUACAUAUGAAUCCAUCAGCUUAUGAACGACAUAUUAGUUUUGCAAUUAAGAGAGAAAAUGAUUCGAAUGAAAGUCAUCAUACAACUGUUAUUAUGAAUGAUGAUGAUAGUAUUGGAGUUAUGGAUGGAUAUUCAACAUCUGUUUCGUUGGCAGCGAAUAAACGAAAAAGUAUAGCAGGUUUCACUGUAAAGUCAAAAUUAAAUCGACGAAAUAGUGGUAAAUUAACAAAACUACCAGUAAGAAUGAAAGAGGCUGGAAAAAGUGCACAUCGUUUAUCUUUUCGAGCAAGACGUCGUAGUCAUAUAUCAAAUAUUUCAAGUGAUACUGAUUUUCAUCAAAAUAAUAUUGAAUAUUCAACUAUGGAACCAACAAAUGAAUAUCCAAUUUGUACUGAGGAUGAAUAUGAUCUUGAAAAAUUUGAUAAUAUUAUUAAUACACGAUCAUUUCCAUGGAUAAAAGUUAUUAUCAGAAUAUUUAAUAAUGUUAAUUUAACAUGUAAUCAUCAAAUAAAAUGUUUAUCAAAUUGUUAUGAAAAACAAACAAAAAGUUGUAAAAAUCUUUUUAAUGCAUUAUUAAAUAUGUAUCGAUUGUCAUCAUUAUGUUCUCGUUCAUCAUCAAUACAAACAAAUUUAAAAUUUCCUGAGACAAUGCUAAAUAAAACACAACGAUUUUCAACUUAUUUUUUUGGUGAACAAACUGCUGAUUUACAUAUUAAAAAAGGGAUAAAUACACACUUUAAUACUAUUUCGACUUAUCUUGAAAAACAAGUGGGAUCAUUAAUGCAAAUUCCAUUAAUGACACUUUGUAAAUCAUCUGUUUUAUUAGACAAUGAACAUUAUUCAGAAAUUCUUCCUUUAUCUUGGGAAUUAUUACUUGAUGGAAAUGAAGAAUUAUCUUCUUGUGCUGCAACAAUGGUUAUCCUUACAGCUGCUCGAGCAAAUCAUUUAGUCGAAAAAUUAAUUCAUACAGAAAUGGAAAAUUCUUCUGUAUUAAUUAGAUAUAACGCAAUAUUAAAAUUUCAAAUUUUAUGGCGUUUUCGCCAUCAAUUUUGGAUACGACUAGAAGAUGGUGCCCAUUCAAUGAUGAAAAUUCUGCCACCAAGUAUUGAAUUUGUUUUACCGUCACCUACACUUGGUUUGGCUAAUCUUCAAACAGUUGAUCCACCAUGGAUGCCAUAUGUUAAAACACUUGUUCAACAAGUUGCACUUAAUCAAGAAGAAGUUCGAGCUGUUGUUACAACUAGUAAAACACGAAAGAAACAUCAACAAGAAUUACUACAUUCAGCAUUAAUGACGGAAGAAAUAAGUAAACGUGUAGCAAGAGAAAAUUUUUCUAUGUCUAUAGUUUCAAUGUUACAAGCGGCAUCAUUUGAACCGCUUUUAUAUCAAUUGAGAGAUGAUGAAGAAGAAGCUCAUAUUGAUGAUGAUCGAAUUGUUGAUUCAAGUAUACAACUUUGUCAAGCACAAGGAACAUUUCCAUCAGUAUUUGGUGCAGCAAUUUUUCAUCUUGUUGAAAUGCUUGAAGACGAAGAAAUUAUUGAAAAUGGUGCAAUAGUAUCUGGAGCAGCUCGAAAAGUUCUCUGGACUUGUUUACUUGAUGAACCGACAUUACUGAUUCGUUUCUUUUUUGAGAAAAUUUCACAUAAAGAACGUCGUAUAAAAUCGCUUCAAAGUCUUCAUCAUCUGAUGAUUUAUUUCACCGAUAUUCCACCUCAAUUUGCUCAUGCUAUUUUUAAUUAUGUUCUUGGAUUAUUAUUAAGUAUGGUACGUUCACCACUUGAUGGUUCACAAGAAUUAAUUGCUAAUGGUCUUACAUUACUUUGGCAAAUAAUACCCUAUCUUCAUGGUCUUGUUUUAAAAGAUUUAAAACAAAUUUUACGUAAAGAACAAGCUGAAAUGCUCAUAUUAGUUACUGGAAAUGUACCAUCAACAAAAAAAGUUAUUAUUCAUGGUCCUGAUGCAUCACAAAUUCCAACACAAGCAAUUAUAUCUGAAGAGACACUAUUUAGUAAUGUUUUACAAGAAGCAUUAGACUUUUUUGGUAUACCUAAUGUAAAACGUGAUCGAUACUAUUUAGUUGAUGUUAAAACAAAACAAAUUCAUAUUCCUGAUACAUAUGUACGAGAUUUUUAUUUUUUUCGAAGAAAUAUUCAUCCACAAUUAUCAUUAGUUUAUAUGGAUAUAAAACAAUCACGUAAAGAACUUGAACAUAUGUCUAUUUUUCUAAAAACAACUGAAUUAUCAAAAGUUUUAUUUGCACGUUAUUUACUUGAAAAUACACCAUUUAAUCAAAUACAUAAUUGUAUUACAUUUUUUCAUGAUGAAUUUAUUAAAAGUCCAUUAUUUCCACGUAAAGCAUUAGAAUCAGAUUUCAAUUUAUAUACAACAAUACACGAUAAAGAAUUAUUUCAUUUAGAUAUGUUACAUAAAUAUAAUUGGACUAAAUUAAUUGCAUGUAUAUUUUUUAAUAUGGAUGGUAAAACCAGUACAACAUCGGAUAUAACUCUGUUUCUUUCUGUAAUCAAUGGCUCAUUUAUAUUACAUUGUGAAGAUUUAGUUAUGUUACGUUUUUGUCUUGCAACUUAUAUAAAUAUUGUUAAACAUUUUCGAAAUGUAUUUGCAACGAAUGGGUAA